AUGACUAGUUUGCCUCGCAUGAAUAUAAUCGUUGCUGUUGACGACUGUGGCGGAAUUGGCCGAAAUGGUAAGUUACCUUGGCGUUUACCUCAAGAAAUGGCUCGAUUCAGCAAGUUGACCUCGACAACUGUUGAUAGAAGAAAGAUAAAUGCAGUAAUAAUGGGACGCAAAGUUUGGCAGAGUAUACCAGCUAAAUUCAGACCUUUAAAGAAUCGCCUAAAUGUUGUUUUAAGCCGUACGAUGGAAACGGUUGCGGACGAAAAUGUUGUACUGGCUCGAAGCUUCGAGAAUGCAACAAAAAUGUUGCAAAGCAUGGAAGACAUUGAAACUAUAUGGAAUAUUGGUGGUCGAGAAGUUUACAGUUUAGGACUACAAUCACCUAUACUGCACCAGGCAAAUUUAUUUUUUAAAAAUACCGUUUCGUCUUUCAGAUUAAGUUUAUUGAAGCAAGUGACGAAAUUCUUGCAGCUAUAUAUUACUCGAGUUGAGGGCGACUUCUCAGCCGAUGUAUUUUUCCCUUCACUGAAUUACAUCCGGUUUACCAAAGAUGAAAGCUCGGAAAUGCAUACAGAAAAUGGCAUCAAUUAUCGAUAUGAAAUCUAUACAAUUAAAACAAACGAUGUUUCAAUUUCGUGA